UGACACCUGAGGAGAAAGCCAUGAGGAUUGCCAAAGCUAUGCGUAAGCAGUCAUCAGAGGUAAAAGAGAAAUGGGAGAACCUAAAUGCCAGUGCCAGUAUCUGGCAGAAGCAAGUGGACAAAGCAUUAGAAAAACUGAAAGACUUGCAGUGUGCCAUGGAUGACCUCGAUGUUGACUUGAAGGAGGCUGAAAACGUGAGGAAUGGCUGGAAACCUGUGGGAGACUUGCUCAUAGAUUCAUUACCAGAACACAUUGAGAAAACUACAGCUUUUAGAGAAGAAAUUGCUCCCAUCAACUUGAAAGUUAAAACAGUGAAUGAUUUGUCCAGUCAGCUGUCUCCACUUGACCUUUAUCCAUCGUUAAAGAUGUCUCGUCAACUGGAUGAUCUCAAUAUGCGGUGGAAACUUUUACAGGUGUCUGUAGAGGAUCGCCUUAAACAGUUACAGGAGGCACACCGAGAUUUUGGACCUGCAUCACAGCACUUUCUUUCCACCUCAGUACAGUUCCCAUGGCAGAGGUCUGUUUCACAUAACAAAGUGCCCUACUAUAUCAA